CCCCUCUUGCAGGGCCCAGGGUGAGGACACACCCAGCUCCAAACAGAUUCUCCAACUUAAAGGUUGUCUGUGCCCGCAGGGUCACUGUGUGGGUGGCCAUUAUUUUUCAGCUGCACCAGGAAUAUUGAUUGUACGAAGGCUCCCAGCCAUUAGAGGAGAAGUGACAGGGUCACAGAUCUCUGUGUUCUGAAGAGAGGAAGAGUGGCUGGGUACAUGAGUUUCCUUUUCCAGGAAAGCUGCUCGGAGCCUCAGCUGGUAUAAAAGCUGCCGGAGCGGUUGGGGUAGGAAGAGGUUUAGAGCAAUGCCUUCGGGCAGCAUUUACCAAAAGUGCGAAGAGUCCGACCAAGAGACGCUCAAGGAAAAGGAGACAGAAAUGGCGUUUCGGAGAGCAGGGAAUUCCUUGCUUCAGUGUGGUAGGGGCCUGAAUGGGGAGGAAAAGUCCAUAUUAACCCUUUACGCUGUGCACGUCGUGUCAUUUGUGUUAUGGGCCAUCCUCCUCGCCAUGGUGAUUGGAAAGUACUCAGAGAUGUCCAAGGAGCUGGAGCAGUUGCGGACUGAUCAAUCUGUGCUGAGAGGCAAUGGCUCCAAGACAGCGAAGCAACUGGAGAUGCUGCAUUUCAACCAGUCCGCCAUUCACAGCACUGAGGUGGAACUGGCCACGGACCUGAAGAGGCUGCAGUCAGACCAGGCCACACUGAAAGUGGAAGUGUCGGAGGAUCUGGCCAAAGCGAAAAGUGACAGAGAUGACAUCAGGGCUGAGGCCUACAAGAUCCUGGAUGCUGUUCAGAAAGGGAAUGAGUCUGCCUGCAGCAUUUGUCCAGUUGGCUGGCUGCUGAAUUCAGGGAACUGCUACUACUUCUCCACAGAGCAUAAAUACUGGUCCUAUGCCAAGCAGGCCUGCAAAGACCAAGGUGCCAUGUUGAUUAUUAUUGAUAACCCACAAAAGCAGGAGUUUUUGACAAAGAAUGCUAACGGCAAGCAGUACUGGAUUGGCCUGCACGACGUUAACAAUGAAGGGACAUUUAUAUGGGUCGACGACAGUUCUGUGUCAUACAGCAACUGGGAUCGAGGGGAGCCCAACAAUUUUGGCAGUGGCGAGGACUGCGUGAUGAUGCUCAAAGACGGGAAGUGGAAUGACGCUCCGUGUGUGAUGAAUGCGGUUGGCUGGAUCUGUGAAAAGAAGUGGACUUGUUAAACUGUGGCCAGGAGGAACACAACACAGCCAGCACAUCUUAAUAGCCACAGAGCCACCCCUCUGCCCUCUGGCCCCUUCCAUGCAAGGUCUGCCAGCUCUUUACAAACUUCAAUGCAUUAAACCUCACAGACCUCAUCCCUUCCACUCUUGGGAACAAGGUAUUAUCACCCCAAUUUUACAGAUGGGGAAAGUGAAGCACAAAGACUUACCCAGGUCACAGCAGUGAAUCAGUGGAAAAGACUGGAUUAGUACCCAGAUGUCCUGACUCCCAGUCCCCUGUUCUUAUUACACCACAGUAUUUCAGAUGGCUGGAAACAGGAGUCCUGACCACUCCUGCUGUAACCACUAAACCAUCCUCCCCUCCAAGAGCCAGGGAUAGAACCUAGGCAACUCCCAAUGCUCCUGAGUCCUGACUCUAAUCCCUAGAGCCCAUUCAAUUCCCAGCACUGGGAAUAGAUCUUAAGUGUCCUGAAUUCCAGUCCCUGCUCUAACUAUUAGACAAAAUAGACUCUUUCACAACGUGGCAAUUUAUUGGGUGGAAAACCCAGCUAGCCCCCAAACUAUAUUAAUCCAUUAUCAGCGUUUAUGGGGAAAGGGGGUAGGAUCCUUACUGCGCGUGAAGUCAAAUUUUAGAACCUGCCAGUCAAUCCCAUCAACAUGAUAUAGAUCUGGUCAUUGCUCUAUAGUAAAGGAUGUGGCCAACUUCCUGGUUUAGGGCAAAUUUUCCUCCCCUGCUAAUUAGGGCUAAAAUUUACACAUGUAUCUCAGAUUAUCCAUCUGUGGUGAUCUGCCAAAGGAGAAGUUUGGGGAGAACUAGACAAGCAGUGUGAGAAAUCAAAGGUUUCACUUCUGUAAAAUUGUCCUAAAUUAGCCAGGCAUGAAAUGGAGAGGAAAAGGGGCAGGGUUUAGCCCUGAAUCCUCAAAGGCAGCUAGGUAACUAUCUCCACUCAGACCGAGCCCAUCUUUCCCCUCUCCUAGGUGGGUGCCCUAAUUGCCAUGGUAACCGGUAUUCUGGGUGGGUUUUGUGGUGGCCAUGGCAUACAAACAGAAGUUAUAAUUCAGAAAAAUAACAUGCAAGAACCAAAAGCAGACAGAGACAAAGCAGGCUGCUCCCUAAGGCAGAGAGGCAGCACUCCUCCCAUCUUGCUCUAAGCCGUCCGUCUGUUUACAGACCUUGUAGGACCAGGGUAAAAAAACAUGACAUUUAGAGUGUGAGCUUAGCACUGUAACAAUUUUCAAUACACCACAAGUUUCUCUCCGUUUCUCCUGCUGGAGCUGUUCCACUUUGUAUAAUUAAUUAAAUGAAGCAGGGACUGGACCCUGACUCUCUACAUCCCAGGUGAGAGUCCAAGCCACGAGGAAAGAGAGAGAGACACACUCUCAUCCCUAUCUGGCUUUGGGCAGGUUAGGCAUGCUCAGAGCAGGCCUCCAGGAUCAGCUCACACUGGCGGGAUAAGUUGAGGGGAGGGGCGAAGUGCCUAGUCUGAGAACCCUCUGGGGUCAGCAUGAUUUAGGCAUGAGAGCUCUCCACAGAGUGUGAGCUGUAGGGCAGGAUCGGCACUCAGGCAGCUUUGUGACUGUCAGCCUCAGAAAUUUAGGCACCUACAGGGUUCGGUGGCAGCUGAGCUGAGCAGCUUUUUUGAGGAUGUUAAUGGUGCCUAAACACGAGGGGCAGGUAUCAAAGACAGGAGAAGGCUAAGCCACCCCAAACUGCCUGCCGUGGCCCCAGCCACACUCCACUCCCAGACCCCCUCCUGCUGCAUCCUUCCCAUGUGGCCGGGGCCCUGGGUUUGUCUACACAUUUGGGCUUGUCUACACAUCCAGCACACUGGUGGAGGGGCGCUGCUGUAGCACUUAGCAAAGACGCUUCUUAUGCCGACGGGAGAAGCUCUCCUGUCGGGAUACUCCACCUCCCCGAGAGGCGGUAGCUUUGUUGAUUGGAGAAACCCUCCCGUCGACAGUGCUGUCUACGGUGGGAAUUCGGUCAGUAUAACUGCGUCACUCAGGGGGUGUGAAUUUUCCACCUCCUGAGCAACACAGUUAUAUUGACAUAAGUAGGGAGUGUAACCCAAGCUUUAAAAUCAGAUUUCUGGGAACAAUCAGGAAGAAUUCAAACUGCCUUCAGCGGUGUUUGCUUAAAAUUCACUAUUUUGGCGAUGUUAGUAAACUUGACCGUUAGAACAUUCCCAAGAAGCAAAUGCUAACAGGGGCACAAAGAGAGUAUUGGUUUAAAAAUGCAAAGAAAUAGCCAGGAAUUAUUCACCCCGCUCUCAUCUCACCAGUCACCCUGCCCAAGAGUUGUUAAGCAUUCUUCCUACUUAACAGGGACUAUUCAGUCACCCAUGCUGCGAUUUACCCAAAACAUUGGGGUUAUCACAUUGACUCUUGCAAAUCAUGGGCAUCUUUGAUGUUCUCAACACAUUUAUACAUUUACUCCAGGGGUUUGUGUAUUCUCGCACACUCUGGUUUCUAGGUGCAUUGGCUGUUCUGGCUGCUGACUUGGGGAGGUACCAGUUGUAGUAUAUGGUUUGGAAAUAUUUGUUAAUAAUCAGAAUUAAUUUGCAGCCCGCAUUUCCUUGGCUACCGACAAACACCAGCUCCAACCUGCCAGACCAUGGGUGGGGUGCGGGGGGAGUUUAGUCACUGCGGGAGCUGGACUAAUGUAUAAACCUUUAGUGCUGUUCUGGUGUAAACAAUGACCUGCACAUGCAGCUUGCCCCUGUUUGGUUGAUGCCAGGGCAGCUGGUCUGCACUAGGGGUUUGCAGCAGCGCAGCUGCAAUGGAGCAGCAGCAAAGCUGGCAAAACCUCAAUGGGCACAAGGUCUCAUUCUGCAAAGGAAGCAGCAUUGAUUAGACCAGCAGCUUAAAACUAAAUAAAUCAGCAACAGAGGCACAAACUUACUGCGAGGUGGGGUGGGAUGGUAGAGCUUCAGUGCAUCUCUUCUUCCCCUGCUCCAGUGAAUUUUCUCCAACCCAAACCCAUGAACGCAUCCCCAACUCAUUAGGGGCUACAGUGGCAGCUGUAAGCAGGAAGCCAGGGAGCUUCUCUAUCUCUCAGGGCUGGUCUACACUGGAGGGGGGUAUGGAUCUAAGAUACACAACUUCAGCUACGUGAAUAGUGUAGCUGAAGUCAAAGUAUCUUAGAUCGAUUUACCUCAGGUCCUCACAGCGCGGGAUCCAUGUCCGCGGCUUCCCAUGUUGACUCCGCUACCGCCGCUCGCUCCGAUGGAGUUCUGGAGUCGAUGGGAGCACGUUUGGGGAUCGAUAUAUCGCGUCUAGAUGAGACGUAAUAUAUCAAUCCCUUAAAAAUUGAUCGCUACCCGCCAAUACGGCGGGUAGUCUGGACGUACUCUCACUCUGGCUGCUCUCUACUCCUCUUGCCUUGCCCCCAAGUGGGAAGAGCGAGGCACCCUAGGGAUGUGGGGAGCUCAGGGACUAGUGGGUAGGAUUGCCAGGUGUCCAGUUUUUGACCAGAACGUCCAGUUGAAAAGGGAAACUGGCAGCUUCCAGUCAGCACAGCUGACCGGAUGCUAAAAGUCCAGUUACAUGCAGUAACCAGCCUCUGCCACCAGGGAGAGGGAAGAGCAGCAGCUGUUGCUGGAGAAGCGGCUCCGCUCAGCAGCUGUUGCUCUUCCCCCCACAACCCCCCAGCCUGACAAACAGAACUGAUUGGCUUCUGGACUGGUCUCCAAAGUAGGUACCAGUGCUGUCCGAGGGGGAGGGGGGGGUGUAAACCUGUCUGCCUCCUGCCUCCUGCCCCAAUUUCCCCAACCCCUCACUCCAGGGACCAACCUCCCUCAGUCUGCUGUGCCCUGCUCUCUCCUCCGCAGCCCCUCGCUCUAGGGACCCCCCACCCCACUGUGCUCCAAAAAAGUUAUGAUUUGCUGAAUCUGAUUAUCCUAUCUUUUUAUAUCUAAAGUUAUGAAUAUUGAUUGUAUGCCUGUAUUUCAAAUGUGUUUGCUCCUGUAGUCACACCCACAAGACAGCUUACAUUAGUCUGGCCAGCACAUUGUGAAGGGAUUAUUCAAAUUGAAUGGCCCAUCAAAGAACACCUAAUUCACACUGGACCAUAGAAAAGGCUGAUGGACUUCCCUAUGGACUUUCUAGCUAGAAUAUGGGUAAUGGCCUCUGUCAUGAUUCAUCAAAGCAUAUGUGGCCAUGUGACUAGAUCAUGUGAUACUAAACUCCAUCUUGUGCCUGUACUUUUCCACAAACUGUGCUGAGGGCUUUGCUUAGAACAAUGGGUUUCCCUCCACAUGGAAGAAGCUAAAACAGGCCCAAGAAACAUCUCCAUUUUGACUUGUUCCUGCUGUAAUGUCUGGACUAUGGAAGCAUUCUAACUAAAGGACUGAGGACCUUCCAAAUCAUUUGAAAGCAACCAGAGAUUUAAUAAGCCAGCAGUUUAGUUCAUCCCAGCUUCAAGCCUGAACCAAGAACUUUGCAAUUAUUAUAUGUAUUUGAUUCCUUUAACCAAUUUUAACUCAUCUCUUUCUUUCUAUAAAUAAACCUUUAGA